AUGGCGACGAACGGCUCCCACGUGUCUCUCCAGCGCGUGGCUGUCGUGAUUUCGGGGCCGAGCGUGCCGAAGGGAAUCGUCUUUCUGGUGCGCGAGAACAAAGCUGAUCGCUGGUUCAAAGACCUCGGCGGCGCGAACUUUUACCUCCCUCUGCCGACGCACAAGUAUUGGACUGCACUCAAGGCCCUCGAAGAAAAACGGCGCCAAGUUGAGAAAGAGCGACAAGAAAGGCGCGCAAAAGAAAUGGCAGAGAGAUACAACGAGGCCGUCAAGCUCUUCGAGGCGGGAAAGGCAGAAAGAGAGCAGCUGGGCACGCUGUCGUAUCGCUGCGUGACGCUGUCAGACAACAUUGGCUAUUUGGAUGCGUACGUGUAUCCCAACGAAGCGACCACUGAGGUGUACGUACACUUCACCGCAUGCACGCGGGUGCCCUGUGUGCUGCACUGGGGCGUGCUGGACGUCAUGGGAACGGCGCAGACGCAGACGGAGAGUCGCUGGGUGACGUGGCAGAAAGAAGGACUCAGCAUGGAGGAGCUCGAAAAAAAGCGCGAAGAAGAAAUCCGCAAGCGCAUGGCGCGCCGCGGGGCGCCUUCGCAGUGGAUAUGUCCUCCGCCGGGUAUGCGGCCUGAAGGCACCGUCCUCGUUGAUCCUGUCAGAGCGGUGCAGACUCCGUUCGAGGAGGGCAGGUCUCAGCGCGCUGACCUGAAGGCGGGGAGCAGCAGAGACAAAGUCCUCCAUCAGCUGACGAUCAGGGUGCCGGCGCAUAAGUGCCCGCGAAUCAGCGAAGACGAUCCCGGGGUAGAUACGCUCUACGACGGCAUUGCGUGCUGCCUCAAGGAAGUGAACGGGCAGCGUUGGUUCCGUAGCAGCGAUGGCUGCGACAUCCAGAUUCGCCUCGUGGACUUUGGCGGGUCGGUCUACAAGGGCCUGAACGCGGAGAUGGUUCAGAAGAUCGUGGAGGCGGAGGUAGAGUGGCAACACAUGACGCUGAUGCACCGGUACAACUUGAUGCGGUCGCUCUUGGAGGGCUUCAACGCGAAUCACGCGACCUCGCUGGAGGCCAACUCGAGCUUCCAGGCGCUGGAGGAGCGGCAGCGCGCACUCGCGAAGGACUGGACUGAGCGGCACUACGCCUCUCCGGAGCUGCGGCUGCCGCUGACCUUCGCAUCCUCGACCUCGAGCGGCGGCGCGCCCGCGGUGGAGGCCCCGCGUCUGACGGCGGCCGGCGCGGCGGCCGUGGAGGAAGAGGGGGACUUCUGGGCGUGGUUCUUCGUGUGGGGUCGCUUCGCGUUUCUGGGACUGCUUGACUGGCAGCGGAACUACAACACGAAGCCCCGCGAGCUCGCCUGGGCGAGCGAACAGCUGACCUGCGCCACCGCCCGCGCCUGGAGGAUGUACCCCAAGUACCGUCCCUACAUCCGCGAAAGCCUCAGCACCAUGGGCCGCGGCGGCGCGCAGGGACAGGCCAUCCGCGACCGCAUCCUCGACAUUAUGCACAAACACAAAAUCCCCGAAGCCGCAGGAAACUUCUACGAACAGUGGCACCAAAAACUCCACAACAACACAACUCCAGACGACGUCGGCAUCUGCGAAGCGAUUAUCGGGUACCUGGAGAGCAACGGCAACAUGAACACCUACUGGCGUAUCCUGCAGGAACACAACAUCACCCGCGAGCGCCUCGCGAGCUACGAGCGAAAAAUCACCCAGGAGCCCUACAUGGUGCAUGCGAAUAUUGGCGACCUCGUGAACGACUUCCGCGCCUACCUCUCCAUCCUGAAAGAUGUGCAUGACGCGCUGGAUAUCAAGAAGGCGUUCGACUACGCUCGGCAGUACCUGCCUCAGGAUGCCAUCGGGCUCGUUGAGGGCGUCGUCCGCGAGCUGGCGAGCCAGCGACAGCAGCGGCAGCAGCUGAGUGCGAGCGACGCCUUUUCGCGCUUUGAGCGGCUCGCGGAGGCCCGCAAGAAAGUCUUCUUCACCCUCAACCAAGGCGGCGGACUGGGCGACGACGGUCAUUCCGUGGCGAUGACGCGCGAGUUGCUUUUCCUCGACUGCGCGCUUGAGCAGCAAGAAAACGUGCUGCUUCAAGGCACGUCCGCGACCCUCGACUUGCCUCAGCUGGCGGUUGUUCUGCGCGAACUCCUCUUGAGCGUCAGCGCUCUCGCGCCGGUUGACCGCGAGCUGCGCUCGAUGUACGCGGAUUGGGCGCACCUUGGCGACUCGCUGGCGUCGUGCAUAGCGUCCAACGGCUCCUGCGCGAGUGUCUGCGACGGGCGCGAGGCGGCGCUGCUGCUAAAGGCGCUAACCGAUCGCGUGGUGCGCUUCGUGGGGUCGCGGAUCGACGCCGUCCAAGCUGAGCUCGGCAGCAAAGCCGUAUACCUCGGCAACCAAGUCGGCACCGAGAAGAAAGUUCUCGACGUGUUUGUCGACGAAGUCCUCCGCGGCAGCGCGCUCUUCUCGCUCUCGCUGGUUAUCAAGCGCCUCGAGCCGAUCCUCAGAAAGGCCGCCAUGCUGCCGCCCUGGCAGCUCAUCUCCAUCGUCGAGAAAGUUCAGGGCGAACUCGUCUCCAUCGAACACUUAAAAAACAUCCAGGAUAAAGUCUUUGAGACACCGACGGUGCUGCUCUGUGGCGCUGUCAGUGGCGAAGAAGAAAUUCCGAUCGGCGUCCAGGCGGUGCUUGUGCGCUCGGCGGCCGUCGCGCCCGACAUCCUCUCGCACGUCGCCGUCCGCGCGCGAAACGCCCACGUGCUUGUCGCGGUCUGCUUCGAGCCCACAGUCGCAGACAACCUCGAGACGUUUAACCAGCAGUGGGUCUGCAUUAAGUGCGCGAAGGACGGCAGCGGCCUGGAGGUGCACGAGGCGCCGCGCCCGAGUCCGGCGCUCGCGCGUCGCGCCAGCAAGCUGUUCAACAGAAAGACGACGCAGGAGCUCUUCACCGAGGCGAGUCUGUUGGGACGGCGCGCCUCCUUCAUCGAGGAGCGGAGCGCGAGCGCGCGGUCGCUCAGCUCCUGCGGGAGCGACGAAGGCAAGCGCGAGCUCAGCGGCACCCACGCCCCAGACGCCGAGGCGGACGACGACGUGGACGACGUGAUGCAGCUGAAAAAAGUCAGCAAGGAGUGGUGCAUCCCCAUGGACAGCUUCAACAAGACCGUCGUCGGGAGCAAGUCGAACAACAUCAAGAAGCUGUCCGACGUGUUGGAUCCGAGCGUGCUGACGCCGCGGUCGGUCGCGCUGCCCUUCGGCUGCAUGCAGAAGACGCUCUCGGAUGCCGCGAACAGGUCUCUGCUGCCGGAGCUGAUGGAGGUUUUGGUGCAGCUGUCGCCGAGUAGCAGGUCGGAAGAGGCGGACGCGAUCUUCGCGCGCGCGAAGGCGAUCCUCGCGCGCGUCGAGCUGCCUGGCGCCCUCCUCGAAGGUCUGCAGGCGGCGAUGCGCCGCGAAGACGAGGCGAAGGCGCAGAAGAGCCGCGCAGCGUCUGCGGAAGAAGACGCGCGCCUCCGCGCUCUCGGCACGCGGCCGUCGCUCUUCCAGCUGUGGGAGACGAGCGGCAGCCAGCGCUGCGCCGAUGCCGUGAAGGCGGUGUGGCAGAGCCUCUUCGGCCUCCGCCCCUGGGUCAGUUUGACGAAGGCCGGCCGAAACUACUCCGAACUCAACAUGGCAGUCCUCGUGCAGGAGCUGAUGCCUGCGCACUGCGCCUUCGUGCUGCACUCGCGUAACCCCUUCUCAGACAACAAGGACGAGAUGUACGGGGAGCUCGCUCUCGGGCUCGGCGAGGUGAUUGUGGGCAACUUCGCAGGCAGGUCUCUCGGCUGGCGCAUGAAGCGCGGCGGCGAGCCCGUCGUGGUCGCGUUCCCAAGCAAAAGCGAAUAUCUGCUCUGCGACCCGUGCCUCAUCUUCAGGUCGGAUUCGAACGGCGAAGAUCUAGAAAACUUUGCCGGCGCCGGGCUCUUCGAGUCUGUGCCCGCCUUCGAAAACCGAGCCGAGCCCGUCACCUACUGGAAUACGCGCGUCAUCAACGACCGUGACUACCGCAUGCGACUCCUCAAGCGCAUCGGCGAGCUGGCUUUCACGGUAGAGGACAAAUACGGGCUGCCGCAGGACAUUGAAGGCGUAGUUGUCGGCUGGGAUACAGUCGCCCUGGUGCAGACGCGCACGCAGGUGUAA